CGAUUGUGAUUGGUUAAGAUACACAUGCGGAAGAAGGACCAUGGGAACGGCGUGGAUGUAUUGGACAGACAUAUUUUCAUAUAGCUGUAUGUGAGAACGAGAAGCGCCUACGGUUGGAUUGUAGACACAUUUGAUCACGUAUAGCUCUAUGAUGGUAAUAAUUACCUAGCUCCACAAUGGAAACGGUGGUGUUAAUUGCUCCAAUCACAGCAUUGGAAUUUUUCUUGGAGGAUUACCUACUGAAAGGCGAGGGUCCAAUCUUGACAGUUUUCAGCCUCCAGUCGCGCACUAGAGCCUCAGCCUCAAUUGAUGUUCUUCAGCACUAUCGGAUUCAUGGUGUCCGCCCCAAAUAUAAGCACAAACAACCACAACAGAACCAUGAGGCAGAGAAAGAAGAAGGAGGAAGCUCCGCCACAGAGCCCGACCUCUAUGACUUGGCGGUGUUUGGAGGUAAGGGUGUGCGGUUGGUGCGUCUCAUCACCCAGCUCCACGGUGGGGAGCCGGUGCGCCUGGAGGCCCACGGCCCCCUCAUAGAGCUCCGAGACUGGAUCCUGGACCUCUGCUGGCUGACUCAGGACGGCCGCGCCCUCCUCGGCGUGGCUCUAGCCCAUAACAGCGUUCUUCUCCUGGACCCUCACGAAGGGAUCCCCCUCGCUCGCUGCGGCUGCCUGGAUGGAUGUCUGCUGUACUCUGCCCUGCUGCUGGUGGACCAAUCCUGGAACAACUCCGUCCUGGUCGGGGGGACAGUCUUCAACCAGCUGGUUCUUUGGAGACCCAACAGAAGGGCAGAGGAAGUGGAGGUGGUCGGGGAGGAAGGGGGCGACCCUGAACGCAAAGCCCCCGUGGAGAGGCGCUUGCUGGGGCACGGCGGCGUCAUCUUCAGCAUCAGCUACCUCCGGGCGAAAGGCUGGCUGGCCUCGGCCUCCGACGACCGCAGCGUGAGGGUGUGGGGCGUCGGGGCUCUGGGGGGCCCUGGUCCCACGUGCGGGGAGCCGGACCCCGCGUGCCUCAUGGUCCUGUACGGACACCAGGCCCGGGUGUUCUCCGUGCACCUGUCCCCCGGGAAGGUGUACAGCGCCGGGGAGGACGGGUGCUGCCUGGUCUGGGACUGGUCCCGCGGCGGCGGGGGGAAGGUGGCCCAGACCUUGAAGGGCCAUCGGGCCGGCGGGAUCCGAGCGCUCGCCGUGAGCCAGGGAAGGGAGGAGGGCGGCACCAGAGCGAGGUGGGUGGCCACCGGGGGCGCGGAUGGAGGAGUGAGGCUGUGGCGGGUGGAGGAGACAAAAGUGGGGGAGGAAGACGACGAUGAGGAGGAGGAGGAGGAGGAGAAAGAGGAGGUGGGGAUGGCUGCCAUGACGGACUUGAAGUUCUCUGGACGAGGUACGCCCAAGGGGGUGUGCGUGGUAGAGGACGGGACCGCAAAUUGGGCCCGGAGUAAAAUCUUGGCAUGCACUGACCAGGGGGCAGUGUACCAGGGCAGCUGUGCGGCCGCCGGACAGUGGGAAUUACUGUGGCAGGGGGAUCGGGCGUACCAGUCCUACUGCGUGAUGGAGGUCCUAACCGUCACGGUGAAGGGUGCCACCCCACGUAAAGCUCACCUAUGUGUGGUGGGGAACCUCAGCGGUGGGAUCCACGUCUUCGACACGUCCCGUCCCCAGCGCGGACUGUCUCUCAGAGGAGGGGACGGGAAGAUCCACAGCCUCGUUUGGGUCGAGGGACACGCGCCCCACGCGGGGUACCUGCUAGCGUCGGGUUCCCACGGCCUGGUCCACCGCUGGCGCGUGGAGGCACGGCCGGACGGAGACUCGGGCUCAGUUCUGAUCGCCGAGCCUCGCCCGCCGUUUGCCCUGCCCCCCUGUGCCAAGCGGUGGUUAACCAGCGCGGUGCGCCUCCGCAAAAGUCCACCGGGGGCGCUGUGGGUGUGUGGGGACCGGAGAGGAUCCCUGCUGCUGUUUCAGGAAGGUAGCAGACCACGAGGAGGAGUGGGGGUGGACGAGGAGAGGGAAGAUCCAGACUCUUUAAUCACAAGCUCAGCUGGCCGACAGACCAACGCAGAUGCAGAAAAUGAAAAGGAAACAAACUGUUGUGAUGAAGAGGGGAAGGAGUGGUCGGAUGGCGGCGGGAAGAAACCCGCAGGACAGGGUGACCCGCCCCUGCAGCCUCUGAGCUGUCUGUUUGGCGUGCACGGGAAACAGGGGGUGACCUCCGUCUGCGAGCACCGGGGCCUCUUGUACAGCGCCGGGCGGGACGGCUGUGUGCGGGUCCUCAGGGUUCGCCCCGCCACACCGCAGUGGGUCCUCCCGGUGGACCGCCGCCCCAGCGCUGGGGAGAUCAUGGAGCCCGACGGCGGGCCUCAGCUGGAGGUUCUGAGGGUCCAGCGGGCCUGUAAGGGCAUGGAGUGGCUGGAGAGGGUUCUGAUCCUCGCACCUCCUGAACCCUCGACGGCCGAACCGCUCUGGGACGAGGAGGAGGAGGAGGAGGAGAAAGAGGAAGAGGAAGAGGGAGGAGGAGGAGGAGGAGGAGUAGAAAAGGAAGGAUGGUGUCACGAGCAGGCCGGGGAAACUAAAGCAGAACAGGAACUUACAGGCAGAGGAAAAAAGGGAUGGCACGACGGUCGAGAGUGCCGCUUUGUCGUCGCCGGGUUUCAAGCGGUCAACUUCGUGGUGUGGGAUCCCGUGAGGCAGGAGAGGCUGCUGACGGUGCCUUGCGGCGGCGGCCAUCGCUCCUGGAUUCUCUGGCCCCCCUGCAAGAGCUUGUGGCCGGGCUACGGCGCCCUGGUCUUCAUCAAGCAUGGGGCCGUAGUAGCCACGCAGCCCCCCAGAGAGACCUCGACCUCGGCCGGGGUGGCCGGCAAGACCGGGGCUUGCGGCCUCAGAGAGGGCGUUCAUGGGAAGGGCAUCGGGUGCGUCUGUAGGCUGGGGAGGGUAGGGGGUACCGGGGACGGGUCUCAAACUACUCGGGGCAUGGGGUCGGAUGAAGGACACUGGGAGGUCCUUGUGACCGGAGGGGAGGACACUAGUUUGACCGUCCUGGCCGUCCAGCCGAGCUCUGGAACGGUCCAAGUGUUGUCCGUCAUCACCGACCACAUCUCCAACAUCCGCACUCUGGUGGCUGUCCUGGACCCAGCGGGCGCGAGGCCCGGAAAACACUCGCUCUCUGCCCUGCUUGUGUCUGCAGGUGGUCGGGCUCAAAUGCAGUGUUACCGGCUGCUGAUUGGAUGGGACGAAAAGAGGCGGGAGCCUUAUUGUCAGGUGAUUCAGGUGGCCAGUCACCGAUUGGACGAGCUGUGGGAGAAGAGGCGGAACCGACACAAGACGGUGAAAGCAGACCCAGAGACGAGGUACAUGUCCAUAGCAGUGGUUAACAGCGACGCCGCGACAGCUGUAGUGGCGCUAGCCUGCAGCGAUGGAGCAAUCAGAUUGUUCUCAAUCAGUGAGGUCAAAGGUCAAUUUGAUUUGUUAUGGGAGAGUUUCUACCACCACCGCUGUGUGCUCAGUGUCGCCCCCUGCUGUCUGGUAGACGCUACAGGCAACAGAUACAGACUUCUUCUUAGUGCAGCAACUGAUGGCAGAAUUGCAUUGUGGGACUUUACCCCAACCUCAUUACUGGCUGGGAAUUUGAAUUCGAAAUCGGACACAUCCUCUCGGCCUGGCCCGUGCCUCACCUUUCCCGCCCACCAGAGCGGAGUCAACUCACUGGCGGUGUGGCAGGAGAGAACAGAGGACGGUUGCCUGGUAACCGUCGCCAGCGGAGGCGACGACGGACAGCUGACCCUGUCUGUGGUUCAGGUGCGGUACCCCGAGGUGCAGACAGAUGGCGGCAGAGUACUUUCACAAGAGCACCACCACCACCACCACCAGCUCCUCCUCUCCCCGGCCAACCUCACCCUCCUCUCCCAGUCCCGCGUCUCGCUGGCCCACUCCGCCCCGGUCACCGCUCUGAGCCUCCUCUGCCCGGGCUUCCUCGUGUCCACCUCCCCGGACCAGAGGGUGCGUCUCUGGAGGGUGUGCAGUACCGGCCUCCGCCCCAUGGAGGCGCUGUACUCCCACGUGGCGGACGCGGCCGGCCUGGCUGCGUGGGGGGGGGAGCGGGGUCCGGGUGAGGGGGACGAGGGGUGGGUGAAGGCCGAUCCUGGAUGUGAGAGCAGGGGUCUGGGCCUGGGGGGGUGGGUGGUGGUCUGUGGUCAAGGCCUACAGCUGCUACACGUCAGGACGUCUUCACCAUGACAGAAAGUGAAGAAAAGCAUGUACAUUUACACACACACAAGGUGUGUGUGUGUGUGUGUGUGUGUGUGUGUGUGUGUGUGUGUGUGUGUGUGUGUGUGUGUGUGUGUGUGUGUGUGUGUGUGUGUGUGUGUGUGUGUGUGUGUGUGUGUGUGUGUGUGUGUGUGUGUGCGCAUUGUUUCAUGAUGUACAUUUUAUAAACCUGCCAAAU